AGUCGGCAACCAUUCGUCGAUCGGGAAACGCUCUCUCUCCUCUCUUUUCUCUGGGAUCCCUCCUUUCAAGGCCAGCAAGAGAAUCGCAGGGAGAAGAAAGGAGGAGGGAGAAAGAGGGGAGAGGAAAGGGCAAGGGAGGAGAGCGGGGAAGGAAGAAGCAGCGCGAGAAAGGGAAAUAAUAGAAGGGGGAAGGGAAAAGGAAAUUAGGGCAUAAUCCUGCACCGAUGGCCGGGAGCGUACCCCCGCCGGUGUCGGCAACCCUGCCGACGCAGAGCCCCAUCACGGCCACCCCCGCGGCCCGCGCCUUCUUCGGUCGGCUAUACGACGGCGUCCGCUCCGGCCUCUCGCAGCGCCGGCCCUGGCUGGAGCUCGUCGAUCGCAACCAGCUCGCCAAGCCAGAUUCCCUCGCUGAAGCAACCGCCCGUGUCCGCAAGAACUGGACCUACUUCCGCGUCAACUACCUCAUCCUCUUGUCCACCGUGCUUACCAUUUCCCUCGUUUCUCAUCCCGUCUCCCUCUUCGUCCUCAUCCUCCUCCUCUCCGGCUGGUUGUUCCUCUACCUGUUUAGAUCUGAGCCCCUUGUCCUCUUUAACCGCACCUUCUCCGAUCGCGAGGUCCUCGGCAUCAUGAUCCUUCUCACGAUCAUCGUCGUCUUCCUCACCUCUGUUGGAUCCCUCAUCAUUUCCGCCCUCAUGUUCGGUCUCGCCAUUGUCUGCGCCCAUGCUGCCUUCAGAGUACCGGAGGAUCUCUUCCUGGACGAGCAGGAGUCUGCCGGAGGGUUCCUCUCCUUCCUCGGUGGCGUUCCAAACCCAGCCUCCGUCGUUGCUGCACGUGUUUGAUCUGACGACUCGUAGUUCACGUAUUUCCGAUAGAAAAAGAAGAAGAUGAUUCAGAACGCGGGACUAGUAAUCUGCAGGGACUGAGUUUCGAUUCUUCCAUUGUAGAUCACGAAUACUUCCCUUUAGCUUUUGUGCGUUUCCAGAUGGAUCCAUUUUGUUCAUUGGUAGAUCUGAUCGGUGAUUCCUGUUUGACGAUCCUAGCUUUUAAGAUUCGGUUUGGAGGGGAAAAGUGUAGGCUGUUUUGCUUCAGCGUUUGAGUUUCUCCUUCAGUGUAUAAGAAUACUUCAGAUCUUGAUCAUCUGACAUGUUUUUUUCCUUUUCCAAGCUUUCUAAUGGAUAAAAAUGUGUUCAUGUAUCCGGAUCUGGAACAAUGUAUCUUGAUCUCCACCUGCAACGUCUCUUUAUCAUCCUUCAUUGCUAGACAUUGGAUGAAAGUUGUGUUUAAUGGAUUCGUAGUAUAUGUUUAUUGAUCCUGAGAUGGAUCCGUGAUUCA